AUGAAUCGUAACCCAAAUUUAAUGAAGCACAAAUCAAACAUGCUUGGUAUUCAGACAAAGAUUAAGGUCUUGCCUCCAUCUCAAGUCGAGGCCGGAAAUAAAAUAUUUGAAAUGUUACAAGAAGCAAAUAUGAAGAAAGAUGGUUGCUAUACAAAGGAUGAGAUCAAGAAAGUUCUAAAAAGUUUAGGUUUCUACUUCCCUGGAUUGAAAGCAGACCGUUGUAUGAAGAAAUUUGAUGUCAACAAUGAUGGCACAAUCAGUGAUACUGAAAUUGACGAAUUCGUUAGUUAUCUUCUAAAUUAG